AUGAAGUUGAAUAAGGUUAUCUCUAUUGGUGUCUUUUUUGCCUUUGCAAGUGCUUUCGUUCAAUCAGAAGUGGAGCAAUCGGAAGAUGCACUCGCGAAGGACUUAAUGGACCCAAAAGGGGAACUGACACCAGAAGACAAGAAGAUAGAUGUAAACCCAAUUGAUGAUUUAGAUGGUAGUUCUUCCCCCUUGAGUAAGCCGUCGGAGCCUCAAAAAGUCACCGAAACAAAUGAAGAAGGACCUUCAAACUACAACUCUUUUUUAAUGUCCAUAUCUAUGAUUUUAGUGUCAGAGAUUGGCGACAAAACAUUCUUGAUCGCUGCAUUAAUGGCUAUGAGAAACUCAAGAUGGGUUGUAUUUUCUUCUGCGGUGGCAUCAUUAGGUGUCAUGACAAUUUUAUCAGGCAUAGUUGGACAUACGUUGCCAAGUUUGAUAUCACAGAGACUCACUCAAUUCUUGGCCUCGAUAUUAUUCGUUAUAUUUGGAGUUAAAUUAUGUGUUGAGGGAUUGGGGAUGCCUAAAGGAACAGGAGUCGAAGAUGAAUUGGCUGAAGUGGAGGAAGAAAUUGCAUGUGCUAAUUUAAAUACGAACUUAGAAGAUCAAGAGACUGGCAGUGCUUUUACUCCCAAAGUUUCGAAGCCAUGGUAUAAUACUUUAGGCGAACAGUUAACUAACCUAGCAUCGUUCAUUUUUUCUCCUAUCUGGAUUCAAGUAUUUGUAAUGACAUUUUUGGGUGAGUGGGGCGACAGAUCUCAAAUUGCUACGAUAGCGAUGGCAGCUGGAUCUGACUACUGGUUUGUCAUCUUCGGAGCUGUUGUUGGGCAUACGAUAUGUUCUGCAGCUGCUUGUAUUGGUGGUAAGUUGUUAGCAAAGAAAAUUUCCAUGAGAAAUGUUACAUUCGGGGGAGCCAUAGCAUUUUUUAUCUUUGCAAUACUAUACUUUUAUGGUGCCUAUUAUUACGAAGCUGUGCCAGAGCAAUAA